GAUAAGCAAUCGCAUAUUUUACGCAUAAUGCCCAAUCCUUUGGAAAAUGGCGGAUUUGAUGACUGAGCGCAUGGCCGGCUCCGUUACGGAACUACAAAGACGCAUCAAAGACAUAGCCCAUAGUACUAGACACUUACGCAAGUCCACACGGGUACUAAUAGGUGUCUCCUCGGGCGACGUAAGACGUCCCACACAAUGCAGUUGCACGCGCUCACCGCAGCGCUGCUGCUGGCGCUCGUCGCGGGAGCUUCGGCAUCUGCUGACAUCACCUGCACGGGGACCAUCUUCGUCAAGUCGGGCUACAGCGGUGCCAGCUAUGACAUCACGCUGACGCCGCAGGGCGACUCGGACCGGUCAUACGUGUGGGACCUCAAGGACGUGCCCUCGGGGGUUCCCGGCAAGCCCACCUGGGAUGACCUGGCCAACUCACUCAAGCUGUCCUGCACCUGCCUGGACGACAGCACCGCCUCCUGCGCCGCCGACUAUGAGAAGAUCAUCAUGCGCGUGUGGGCUGAGCCCGGGUCGCGCGGCAACGGAGGCGGCGUCUCCGUCAACGUCACCUGCGCCGCCUCCGCCGACGGCACGAGCUGCGCUGGCGCCCUGAGCCCCAUGCCCGCCGGCUGGGGCUCCCGCCUCUCGGCCGUGGCCCUCCUGUACAACGACCCCCAAUUCCGGCUGCCCAAGUCGCGACCGAAGACGCCCACCACGCCCGCAGGCGCGCCCAAGCCCUCUCCCUCUCCGGAGUCCGACAACGAGGAACACAGCCCCUCACCCAAGCCCUCCCCCUCGCCCAAGCCCUCCCCCUCCCCCUCGCCCAAGCCGAGCCCCUCCCCAGAGCCCAGCCCCUCGCCCAAGCCCAGCCCCUCGCCCCGCCCUAGCCCCUCGCCCGAAUCUGGCGAUGACAACGGCGAGGAUCCCAGCAGUCCCUCCCCAGAGCCCAGCCCUUCGCCCAAGCCCAGCCCCUCGCCCAAGCCCUCGCCCAAGCCUUCCCCUGGCGGCAAGAAGAAGCCCGGAAAGAAGCCCGGGAAGAAGCCCGGAAAGAAGCCCAGCGGCAAGCCUGGUCGCCACCUGCUCGCGGAGACGGGCUCGACCACCCAGACCCGCCAUGCUGGCCGCGCCUCUGCUGCGUCCACCGAUCCCGCCGCGACCCGUGGCAGCAAGAACGGCGGUGCGGGCGGCAAGAGGGGCGGUGGUGCCGGUGGCAAGAAGGGCGGUGCCGGUGGCAAGUCCACUGGGGGCAAGCGGGGCGGCAACAAGGGCGGCAACAAGCCGGCUGGCAGCGGCGGCGCUGGUGGCCGCAAGCGCGUUGGCAGCAAGCGCACCUCGCCUGCUCCGUAAAGGCGCAUCGGAGCAAUCGUGGAGUAGCCAGUCAGGACGAUGCCGUACAUGUGUUGCCCCGCUGAGUAUGUAUUAGCGCGCGUGAAGUCUAUCGUGUGCAUUCAUCCUCUGCAAUCAAUGUGACAUCUGUGACAUCACUGUCACGGUUUACCGGAGCCCAACCGGAAGGUUGGGCGUGUGGUUGGAGUUGACGGGCUGGGUCACAGCGCGGCGCGCGGCUUCGUAAUCACGCGUGCGCGCUUUGAUGGGCUUCAUUUGGAUUCAACCCGUUUUUGGUGACUGCUGUUGUGGUUAUUUUUAUCAACGUACGCUACAGUAACCGGGUUGAGACCUGCACCUGACAGUGCUGGCUGGGGCGGUCUCGAAGCAAGCAAGUGGAAGUGGCGGUGACAAGGCACGGAAGCAGCAAGCAUGCGUAUGGUGUAGACCCGCAGCCCGCAGGGUCGGCGUCGCGGCUUGUACCCCAGUGUUACCGGUGCUUCUUAUGAUGCCUGCGGCGCGUGCGCCCGGUGCGCCAACUGCUGUGGCGCUCAGCACCAUCAUGAACCCCUGGCAUG